AAUACAGCACAGGGAAGUCAACAUGUCAUGAUCUCACAUGAGAAGCUAAUAAAGCAGGCAAUAAGACUUAAAUGCAGAGGCAGAAUACUUACAGUACUUACCCACUUUGAUAUGUAAUUAUAACAAAGCUCAAAAAGACAAUAAAUGUAAACUUGGCAAGCUGAGUGUGAUUGAAUAACUAUCUGCUAAAAACCACAUAUGUGUGGGCUGAUAUUUCCUGCCAGCAUCUUGAAAAAUAGCAGUUUCUCUUCCUUCAUAAUAAACCUCACUCAAUCUUUUCUUCUCACAGUGCUUGGAUUAUGCGUCGUCUAAUUUUGACACUGCUUAUGGCUGUAGGUGAGUACACAGUGAUACAGAACUUUGAUAAUUUUUAUUCAGCCUUUUUUUCUUUAAGUCAGUUUAAUAAAGAAAAAAAAACUAUCACAAGUUUUAGUGAGGUACAACUUGUUAUGGACUUAAAAUUGUUUAGCUAAGUUCCGAUAUUAAAGCCAUCUCAUUUAUCCUGAAAGAGAAAACUUAUAUUUUGUAGCACUUCUUCAUGCGUUAAAAUCUGCAGUUAUGAAUGUCAGCUAUAAUAUGAAGGUUAAUCAAGUUUUUGUUUUUUUAUAUUUGCAUUUUAGUGUACACACAUUUAGAAAAUAAGGGAAAUAUAUCCUCAAAAUAGGGAUAAAUACACAUUUCUCGGAGUGGGCUGGUUGAUUUUAUGAUGCAUUUGAUCAUAUUUAUCAUGACUGUGCCCAGGUGUCUGUAAGGCGCUGUACUGGCAGAAGCUGACAUGUCCCUUUGAGGUUAACCAUGUGGGCCUGAGGAGGGUUUGGUGCAGGCAGACCUCGGCUAACUGUUGCACUGGCUUCACAUUCAGCAACAGGACCCACUCUGUGGUUAAAGGAAAACUAAAGGUGAUGCAGGACUUGGACUCCUUCACCGUGGCAUUGCUGGAGCCCAGCCAUGGAGAGGGAAUGUACUGGUGUGGUGUGCUGGUCAAAAAUGGCACUAUCAUCAAGCUAGCUGAAAGCUACUUUUACAGCAGUGAGUAAAGGAUAACACUUAUAUGAUUGACUAUUCCUUUGGCUAAUUUGCCAACAUUUACCUAAAUCCAGCAACAAUCAUUCUAAACACAAACACGACUGACAGAGCAAGCAUUGCAUUUAUCAUUUUGUCCCAUGAGUGAGAUGAGAGCAGUUUAGAGACAGUAUGGUUUAAGGUAGACAGAGAGAUUCAUUCCUUAAAUCAGUGAACAAGAGAGAUUUUUUUUCUCAAUAGAAAUCCAUAGCCUCAGUGAAAAGUAGCAGAUGUAUUAGUGCCAACAACUUGUGUUCUUUUGCUCUUACAUAUACCAUACAUUUUUCCUGCAUCAAGUGUAUAAAUAAAAAUAUAAGUAUUGUGCACAAUUUAACAAUGAAGCACAAAUGAUUUCUUUUCUAUUCUAUUUUUGCCGUCCCAUUGAAGCCCCUGGUUUGUACACGUGGAGUCUCACUCGGUGGAUCCUGUUGCCUCUGCUGCCUUUGGUGACCAUAAUCAUUAACAUUUACUCCAGAGGUUAGUCAGUCUACUUCACUGCAAACAAAUACAUUUAUUCAACUAACAGUCUGGUAAUUAUCACACAUACAAGACUUACAAGCAAUAAUGCUUUUAUUUAAUCUUGUCAGCGAAUGUAGUCCUAUUCUUUUCUUACCAGUUUGCAACAAUAGAAAAGCUCUUCUUUGCUGUGUGUGUAAAAAAAGAAAGAAAAAAUAAAUAUAGAUAAAUAAAUUAAAAAAUAAAAUAAAAAUUAUAAUGAUAAAAACUUUGGGUGAUUCAGGAAUGAUGUUAUCAUGGAGUUUGGCCCCCAAGAGUCACACCGACUCUGUAGGUUACAGCCCUCUCAGCACUGUCUGCAGUGUGCUUGCCAGGUUGCUGAGCAUGCAGCGGUGUGCUAAAGAGCAGAUGAAGUAAUAAAAUAUUUAAAAUGACCUUGAUUACAGUUUUUUUUUUUCCAGGACAAAAAAUCACUUUGUUAUUGCCUCUGUAAACUUCAGCUUUUAAACGUAUUGUUAUUAUUAUUAUUAUUAUUAUUAUUAUUAUUAUUAUUAUCAAGAAAAACCUUCCCCUGAGAUGAUAAAUCUCAAAUGCAGAUUGAAACAUACAUAAACAGCUGGUGUAAAAAGGAGUCUAAUUCAGCCCUCUUUAUUUUUUACAGUGAUUUCCAAACACAUCCUCAUGGUAAUACUUUUUUUUUUUUUUUUUUGAGAUUCAGAACAAAAUUACUUUCGUUUGAAUCAUUCCAGAGCAUGGCGUAACAUCUUUCUCUCUAUUUUUUCCUCUUGCUGUGUUUAGAAAAAAGCAGAAUCUUAUGAUGAUGUUGGUGUGAUCAGACCUCCGGCUGAUCCACAGGAUCAGGAGUCUCCCUACGAACUGGAGUAAGGAAGCGAACACGGAAUGGUCAAACACUUCAAUGUAUUCCGGUGUCCCAAAAAGCAAAGACCAGGGAACUUAUGUCUGGUGUACCACAAGGGUCAAUAUUAGGACUGAUUCUUUUUAUAUUGUACAUCAAUAAUAUUUUUAAAGUGUCAAAAAUCAUGAAAUUUGUACUUUUUGCUGAUGAUACCCUUAUUUGUUCUGGAGAGAAUUUACAGCAGCGUUUGGAUCAACUCACACAAGAAAUGAAUAAACUCAAAAAUUGAUUUGACAUACACAAAUUUUCACUUUAUUUGGAUAAAACAAAAUUAUGUUAUUAAGAAAUAUCAAAGUUAAAGUUAUAAUAAAUAAGGUAAUCAUUAGUAGAGUAUAAGAAAACCCUUUUUUAAGGUUGAUAGUAGAUGACAAAAUCUGGUGGAAACCUCAUAUGAGUCAUAGAUGCGCCAAGUUAGCAAAAAGUGUGGGUGUUAUGGGGAAACUUAGACAGUGGAUCAAUCAUCAGUCUGUUAUAAUAUUGCAUUAUUCAUUUGUAUUACCAAACUUGAGCUACUGUGUUUGGGAUAAUAGUUAUAGAACCAACAUGACCCCAUUGUGCAUGUUUCAGAAAAGAGCCAGAAGACUAGUCUACAAUACAAAGAAUAAUGAUCAUAAUAAUUUACCGUUUUUAAAAGCAUCUGUAUUAAAGUUUCAGGAACAAGUCAAAUUCAAAACAGCACAAAUCACCUACAGAGCAAAAAAUCAUCUCUUACCAGGUAAAAUCCCAAACCUGUUUCGAGAGAGGGAGGGUAGUGAAAGCUAUAAGUUGAGACAUACUCUUGAUCUACAACAACAAAGUGAGGAACCGCUCUGAAAAUUAUGUACAUUUCUGGUAAUAUUAUGCAAUGGUUUAGAUAAGGAUGUUAAAGCCAGUAAAACUUCUACCAGUACAAACAGAAGUUCGGAAAAUAAGUGUAACAAGGAAAAGGAGAAAUAGGAAGUCACUUUGAAGUGAUGUGAAGGGGUAAGAGGAUUUCAGAGAGCGAUGCGUGUGGCUUUGUUUUUGUUGUAUUGGUGUUUUAUUUGGGAACUCUGCUUCCUCCAUCCCCAUUUCAGACCGUGGUUGUUGGUUUUUUGAGCGUUUCGUUUGUUGUCAUGAUGUUUUGUCAGGUUGUCAGUUGGUAUAAUUUGGUCUUGAAAUAUAUAAAUUCAAUUCAAUUCAGGCUGUUUUGUAGGAGCAGGCCUUUCCUCUUGGUUAAAUAAGAAAAGUUACAUGUUGGUUACAGUUAAAAUCAAUAUAGUAUUCAGUGGACUGCAGGAUACUGAUGUAGCGGUUGUAUGGUUUGGCCACUUUUGGAGCUAAAUAAUUUUAACUACAUGUCCUUUCUUGAAUUCAUUCUUCAUGUGCCCUUAGACACUGAAAGGAAAAUGUUUAGAAUUGAGAGUCAGACAUUUGAUGUAAAAAUCAGAGGGGAGAGGGUGAUGGGUUUUUAAAUGGUGAAAUUCUGCAAGAUGAGACACAAGAACUCUUCUUUAUGAAGAAAUAAGUUUGCAUUUAUUGGACAGACCAAACAGAGGCAAACUCACACAUAGUGUAAAGAUGGAACAUGACAUGGGGUGAAAAAUAAAUGAAGGGCUUCAUUCCAAAAUAUCACACAUCUUAUUGGAAAACAUUGCAUUCCCAUCCUACUGCCAUUACUUUAUGUUUCUGUAUUGACCUUUCUAUUUCUCUUUGAGGAUUUCUUUGACUUUUUCAACCUGGCCUGUGUAUAAAUUUUGGAACAAAGCGCUUCAAAUAUAUAGAUCUAUUUAUAUACUUUAUACAUUCUUCUCUUGCUGUACAUUUAAGUCUCAUGCUUUGCUUGAAACUGUGCUUUUAGCAUUUAUCCUCGGUCACACGACAAAUGAAAAAAGAGCAUACAGUAUUCAGGAUCAAUGCUGCAUAGUUUCAACUUUGGAAAAUAAAACAUGAUUUCUUUGUAAACCAA